AUGCGGGUUCUGUGUCUCCAUGGCGUUGGCAGCUCAGGCGCCCUUCUCGAAGCGCAAAUGGCAAACCUGCGCCGCGAGCUGGACCCCAGCUUUGAGCUCGUCUUCGUCGACGGGCAAUUCGAGUGUGAGCGCGGCCCUGGCGUCCCGGAAUACCAGGCAGGCCCUUUUUUUUCUCAUACCGAAGGCUAUUCUCCUGUUCACAUAUCGCAAGCGGUCGACUACCUAAAAGGCCUCCUCGAAGACGAAGGCCCCUUUGACGGCAUCUUCGGCUUCAGCCAAGGUGCAUCUUUGACACUGUCAUAUUUAUAUCAGCAGCAAGCAACUGCUAGGCCAGUGCGAGUCAGGUUUGCCUGUCUUUUCUCAACCGCGAUGCCGUGUAGCUCCGACGCGGGUUUAGGAGAUCCUAUAAUAUCAAAGCUGCGGGCGCUGGAAUACGACAUAAGAGACCGGACAAGAACAUGUAACAACGGCAAAGAUUUGACAAUCGCAGAGCAAGAGUACGUAGAUUUGCUACAGCGGACGGUCGUCGAUGCAGCCAGCCACGAUUCGUUGUUCCCCUGGACUGACAUGGACAUAUAUCGAUACGGGGCGCGCGAUGCUAUCCCUCGCGUGAUGUGUCCAUCCUUACUGUCACAGAAGAUUCAAAUCCCAACUGUCCAUGCAUGGGCGCAGAACGACUUCCAGUAUAUGGCCAAGAUGGCUGAACUGGCUCACAGCAUAUGCGAGGAGACGAUGGCAAAGACGGUUUUGCACACCGGCUUCCACGAUAUUCCGAAAAGACAAGCCGAGAUCAGAGCUGUACUGCGGACAAUCGAUUGGGCUAUAGCCAGAACUUAA